GGAGUUUAACACUUUCAUCCAAUCAGAUCACUCGCUCCUCACUGCACUGCCCCUCCAGACACACAGCAACAUGGCGCUACGGGAGCUUUCAUCGCUGGAGAAAUACUUAGGACUGAAAAAGCCGAACAAGUACAGCACACAGGGGGACAGAAAGGUACCUGUGCUACAGAAUAACAAUGGUCCUCCGCUGGUCGGUCUGAUGACUAUCGCCUGUCACCUGGUGAAAGAGGCCAAGCGCCCAGAGCUGCUGGGAGACUCCGCAGAGAGCCGGGCUGUGGUGCAGCAGUGGCUGGAGUACAGAGUCACCAAGCUGGACGGCUGCACGAGGGAGGACAUCAAGACCAUCCUGAAGGACCUCAACCUCUACCUGCAGGACAAGGUCUACAUGGCUGGCAACCAGUUCACCUUAGCUGACACUUUCAUGUACUAUGGAAUCCAUCCGCUCAUAGUGGACUUGGCCGUCCAGGAGAAGGAGCAGUACGUGAAUGCGACGCGAUGGUUCAACCAUAUUCAGCACUACCCCGGCCUCCGACACCCCCUUCCUCCCGUAGUUGUGCUCAGGAACAGAAUUUACACCAGCAAACACCACUGAGAUCCGACCCCACCCGACCCAGGCUGACUCGUCACAAGCUCAUCUGUGUUUCGGACCGGACCCGGGCAAAUUAUCUCCUAAAAUCCAAGAGUGCACAUCACAUCACAUCAUCAUCACAAUUUGAGGACAUUUUCCACAUAGUCACGUCUAUCCCUGAUUUUUAUUCCUGUUUUUCAGAUCAUGACUCCUGCCUUUAUGUUUUGUCCUGGUCACAUAUAUGAACUCUGUUUGUUCUUUUUUAUUUUUUUUUUUACGUAUAUGUUUAAGAAACAGGAAAAUCAAUAAAGGAUAAAACCACUACAUCCUAACAGUUUUAGUUUAUAACUCUAUUAAGGGAUUGCUUACUAAUAAAAUCAAGUUCAGUUCAUACUCUUUAAAGAAAAUCAGUGUUGUUAAUAAUUAUAUUGCCCAGUGCCAUUGGCUGUUGACUUCAACAAAGGUUGGGAGUCUUAUUAAGUAACUAGGGAGCAAAGAUGUGAGACAGUUCCGUUGGUCUUUUAUGUGUUUUUGUUGGUAUUUUUUCGUGGAAGUCUGUUUGUAAGGUUCUUUUCAAAGGGAAGGCUGUACGGGUUGCGUUGAAGAAGUGCUGCUAGCUUGUUUCUAUUUAUAAAUGGCGGUUAAAUGGUGACUUUUUUGUUUAAUCUGAGCUUUGAACAUGCGACUACAAGUAACCUAUUAAAAGAAGACUUCAAAGAUGUUACUUAACUGGCAGAGCAUUAUGUCCUUAGGACAAGCAGCUUCCUUUUGGGCCGUAUCGAUGCAUGUUCAGCAACAGUUUUGUCCAAAUAAACGUGGUCACUGGUUCAACUUGGUAACCCCAUAAUGACCACAGUCACUGCUAGAGUCCACAUUGUUCUGCCAUCUCUCUGCCCUGAUGAAUAUCGUCGUCUCUCUCAGCUCGCAUCAGGACUGUGGUGUUUUUUUUCGUAGGAUAUUAUGUUUUUCACUUGCGACUCUCAGCCAUUUCACUGGACAGUUUAGUGUGUCUGUGUGUGCUCCUGAUUACAUCCGUUCUCCGUCCCACUUCCUCGCCACCAGUCGUGUGGGCAGCAGCGAGCAGUUGAGCGUCAGCCCUAGAGUCAGAGAUCAGAGUGAGGCUCCAAUCAGUCCCACUAUACCACCACUGUUGAUGCUGCGGGCCAGAGAGAGGGCAGCGGGCUCACCAGCUGCCACACAGAUCCAGCCAGCCAAGGCCAGAAACCCAGGCCCCCGGAGCGACAGUCAGCCACUGUGUGUCAUUUCAACCCUCGCUCUCCCACGGGGCUGCUUGAGAGAGAAGGGCGAAGGGAGGGAGGGCGGGAGGCCACAGAGAGAGAGGAAAAAGAGCACCCAGAGGCCGAGGGAUCUUUUUGUGACAUGUGAACAAUGAUCCGUGCCUCCGAAAGCCUUACUGCUGCUGGCUGGAUGUUUGCUAUUAGCACCAUUUAACAGGCCAAGGAGUGGCUGCGGUGGCAGAACGUGUUAAUCAACAUUAUGAAGUUAAUGAUAAGUAGACAAAAGAACAGUUGGAAAAUAAAUCUUGUCGAGGAAAGUCCCAAUUUUCAUUGCGUUUGCUGGUGUAUCAAACCAUUACAAGAAACAUGGUUCUAGUUCAUAGUUCUUAUAAUACUGGAUGCUUUUGUGUUUGUAUCAAUGUUUCUGUUGUUCUUUCCUGUCUAAGGUUCAAAUCAUGUUUCAUUUCCUCCAUCCAAACAGGCUCCACAUAUCUUUGUUUCAGUUGCUUCAGUGUUUUUAUUAUGAUCUGAUGUAACCAUGAUGUUCAACCUGUGCCAAUAAAAUCAAAGGGAUACGCACCUCCUGACUUCUC